AUGCAAGAGUACACCGAAAGACCUGCCCGAGGUGCUGAGUCCCAAUUCCAGCCAGGACAUCAGAUUCCGAUACAACACCAGAAAAAGCCUGGGCUACAGGCCGAACUAGAGGAUCCAAAGCCCGUCUCGACCCGUGUCCCAACUGAGGAUGGUGGAUAUCAGACAUACAAGGCAGCUGGGAAACUGGCUGGCAAAAGAACUAUCAUCACCGGUGGCGACUCUGGAAUCGGACGUGCCAUUGCUAUACUGUUCGCGAUGGAAGGGGCAUCCAGUCUGAUCGUUUAUUUACCAGAAGAAGAAAGAGACGCGCAAGAAACCAAAAGAAGGGUUGAGGAGAUUGGAUGCAAGUGUUACUGCCUAGCAAUAGAUAUCCGCGAAAAGGAGAAUUGUCGAAAAGUGAUUGAUGUUGCCAUAAAAUCCAUGGGCGGAAUUGAUAUAUUGGUGAACAAUGCUGCAUUUCAAAACAUGGUUCAUGACAUCAGCAGUUUGGAUGAGGAUCAAUGGGAACGUACCUUUGACACUAACAUUCAUCCUUUUUUCUAUCUUUCCAAAUAUGCUCUUCCCCACAUGAAAAGAGGAUCGACAAUUAUAAACUGUUCAUCGGUCAACCAUUAUAUUGGUCGACCCGACCUCCUAGAUUAUACGUCUACAAAAGGCGCAAUUAUAGCAUUUACUCGGGCACUUUCCAAUCAACAAAUUGGCAAAGGCAUACGGGUCAAUUGUGUUUGUCCUGGCCCAAUUUGGACCCCCCUUAUCCCAUCGACCAUGGAUACUGCCGCUAUGGAACAAUUCAGCUCCGUGCCAAUGGGCCGCCCAGGACAGCCCAGCGAGGUUGCAACGUGUUUUGUUUUUCUUGCGAGUCAAGACAGCAGCUACAUUUCCGGACAAUGUUUGCACCCCAACGGUGGUGUUCCGGUCAACGGAUAA